UGUAUGACAAUAAUUUCACCAAUACUUAAAUUCCCCAAACCCCAAAGCCACGCCCGCUCCGAUCCACGGGUCUCCCUCCUCCCUGCCUCCCGGGCGCCGGCGCGAUGAGGCGCUUCCUCGCCCACCUCCACCGCCACUCCCACCAUCUCCUCCCGCCCGUGCCCCCUGUCCCGCCUCGCAAACCCUCCGCCACCACCAACCUCCCCUUCCUCCUCUCCCGCCGCCUCCUCUCCGACGACGCCUCGCCCCCAGCCGCCGCUUCGCCGCUUCCUCCUCCACCGGCUGCAGACGUCCCAAACGAAGAGUUGAAGAAGAGGUUGGAAACUUACUAUAAGGUGGAUGAAGAGGCAGAGCUGCCGUUCGUCGCCGAGGCUGUUCUUGAGCGGAAGCUCACAGAUGACCAUAGUGAGACUGAUGAUGACCUUAUUGAGGAGCUGCGCAAUAAGUCACUCCCUGAUGUCCGUGACCUGGACUUUGAGUCCGACUUCGAGGAGAUGCAUGAUACAGAUGAGGAGCUGAAUGAUCUGUACAACGCGAGGCAGUAUGUUGAGAAAAAGGUGAAGAGCGAUGAGUUCUUUAACAUGGAUGGCACCAAGUGGGACGUGAUGAUCAAGGAGGCCACGGAUAAAGGGCACCUGAGUAACAUGAAGCAGUUCGAGGAUAUCCUCGAGGACAUGCUCCACUGGGACAAGCUACUGCCUGAUGAGAUUAAGCAAAAGGUGGAGGCCAAAUUUAAUGAGUUGGGAGAUAUGUGCGAGAGGGGAGAUCUUGAACCUGAGCAGGCAUAUGAAUUAUUCAAAGAAUUUGAGGAUAAGAUGGUAGCCGAGUGCACAGAACUAGUGGAAUUAGAGAUCCCAACUGACGCAGAUGAAGUUACUGAAACAGGAAGUAAGAAAGUUGAGUUGGAUGAUCCACCUGGCGAUGGACCUGCUCUAAGGUGGGAAUCACGCAUUGUUUUUGCUCCUGGUGGCAAUGCGUGGCAUCCCAAAAACAGGAAAGUCAAACUCAGUGUUACUGUGAAGGAGCUGGGACUUUCACGACAUGCAUUCCGCCGAUUACGUGAGGUUGUUGGAGAGAGGUAUAAUCCUGGGAAAGAUGAGCUCGCAAUAACCGGUGAAAGGUUUGAGCAUCGGGAAGAGAACAGAAAAGAUUGCUUAAGGACACUGUGUGCUCUAAUAAAAGAAGCAAUGAAAGCCGAUGAGCUUGCCGAUAACGCCAGAAAUGCUUAUGCUAAAGGAAGACUUAAAGCUAAUCCUCACUUCAUGGAACGGUUGAAGAGAAAGACAGAGAAAUUGAGGGCAGCUGCAUAAGGCGCGUUAUGGAGCUCCUCAUUUCAUGGAACAAUUCCUCUUUCAUCAGUAUGGUUACCGUUCUGCUUUCUCAAUUUUAUUGUUUGAUACAGCACAGAGGGAGAAGAAUAUGUUGCUUGUGCUUUACCUUUGCUGCCUUUAAUUGCUUGGACUGUUUUGUAGGGUUGCUCGUAGUCAAAACUAUAUUUUUGUGAACUUACCAUGCCCAUGCAGAUCGGUUUGCAUGAGAGUUUAGUGAACAGAUUAUAUAUCUUGAUUACCCCGAAUAACAAAGUCAACAAAAAAUUUCCAGUCCACGCUUCUUGUAAAACUUAUUUUGCUGCGCCCUGAAUUGAAGACGGUUUAAUUUCUUGAGUGAUAGAUCAGAUAUGGUAGCAGGAUGUCUGUCACUCCCAUGGCACCCUGUGUUUGUAAA